GCUAACGAUGACGACCGACGCGCGAGCCACUAUUAAUAAACUGGCGCACGCGCAACACACCGAGCGUGCGUAUCCGCCAUUCAUGCGAGUCGAUUUCGUUGUUCUGUGUGUGCAGAGCCGAGGUCCGAGUCAAGCAGCGAAACAUUCAUCCAGCUAGCCGAGUGAGACGUGGUGUAAGACGGUGGAUAUUCACCUCGUGUUCUCAGAAAAACACAAUGCAAACGCAUUGAAAGAAAGGAAGAGAGAGAGAGAGAGAGAAAGAGAAAGAGAGAGGUACACGUUAGCAGGAGCAGCAGCAACAGCAAUAGUGAUCAACAGCAGCCGCAACGGUGGCUUACUCGAGCACGCGCCCCGAAUAAUAGCCGAAGCAACGAUGAUACUUGGUCAUGGUCCGCCGACGUGAAAACGAGAGAAGAGCUACUUGGAAGAUCAGUGAGAACGAUGCUGGUGAAAUAGUAGAGAACAAGGAACAAAUUAAUCAGACAAUACGAUAAAUAUUCGCCAAGUACUAUGGGGGCAUUCUUGGAUACUCCAAAGACAGAGAAAUGCAACGAACAUGGCACUGGUAAUGGCCUGCGAUAUGCAGUCGCCAGCAUGCAGGGCUGGCGGAUAGAGAUGGAGGAUGCUCACAGAGCGAUAACUGGCUUAGAAGGUGGUCUCUCAGACUGGAGCUACUUUGCGGUGUUUGAUGGCCAUGCGGGUGCAUUAGUAUCGGCGCAUAGUGCAGAACAUUUAUUAGAAUGUAUAAUGCAAACGCAAGAGUUUAAGGCCGAAGAUGUUAUUCAGGGGAUUCAUUCUGGAUUUCUCAGACUUGACUACCAGAUGAGAUUUUUACCCGAAAUGAGUUCCGGCACGGACAAAUCUGGCUCCACCGCAGUCUGCGCGUUUAUAUCUCCGAAAAAUAUUUACAUCGCCAACUGUGGCGACUCGCGGGCGGUACUCUGUAGAUCUGGGGCUCCAGUCUUCUGGACGCGAGAUCAUAAACCUGUUGAACCUGCUGAAAAAGAGAGAAUCCAGAAUGCAGGUGGUAGCGUGAUGAUCCAAAGAGUUAACGGAUCUCUGGCGGUCUCUCGGGCGUUGGGCGAUUAUGAGUACAAAAAUUUAACAGAUCGAGGUCCUUGUGAGCAGUUAGUGUCGCCAGAACCGGAAAUAUUUGUGCGAGACAGAGACGAUGAACACGAUGAGUUUUUAGUUUUAGCGUGUGAUGGCAUAUGGGAUGUAAUGAACAACGAAGAUUUAUGUGAUUUUAUACAUUCAAGGCUGCUGCUAACAGAUGACUUGGAAGCAGUUACCAAUCUGGUUAUAGACACAUGUCUUUAUAAGGGUAGCAAAGAUAAUAUGAGUAUAGUUCUGGUGACGUUCCCGGCCGCGCCAAAACCAAGUCCUGAAGCACAGAGGCAGGAGGCUGAGUUGGAGAUGGCUUUAGAAAGGAGAAUUAAAGAAAUAGUCGCUGCAGAGGAGGAUAAGAAUGAAUUCGACUAUCUGAAAAUGCUUGAACUUCUUAGAGGAGGCGACCAAGACUUUCCUCACUUACCUCCUGGUGGUGGUCUUCAUGCUAAGCAACCUUUCAUUGAAAAAGUGUUUCGGGAAAUAUGUCCUAGCAAAGCGGAUAGUGUAAGUGUUGGGUACAUCCCUUUGUCAUAACUAACCCUCGUUCUUUUUCUACACAUACACACACAUACACGUACAUACACACAUGCUGCAUCAAAUGUACAAUUAUAAUAAUAAGAUAUGUUCCGUGUGCAUAAAAAAGAUGCAGAAUUUACCGCGAACACAUUGAUUUUAAUAGUAAUCUUUAAUGUAAGAAAAUCCCAUGAAUGUUGAAGCAAAAUUACAAUGUUGUACCAUAAACUCGUGAAUCAUGACAGAACCAAGUUUGUCAUAAAGCAUGUAAUUAAACAUACUUCUACGCGAUAAAUUACGAUUGGUAACAUAAACUAGUGCGUAAACUGACUAAAUAUUACAUGGUAUUAUCCUGGCGUAAAUUUAUUACAUACUUUCGUAAGUUUUUCCGCCUGUCUGUCUAUUCUGUCUAUCUGUCUAUCUAUCUAUCCAACCAUUCAUCCAUCCAUCCAUGUUGUUUGUUUAAAGCUCAAACUAUAUCAAAAUGUCUUUUAAACGUCACUAGCUUCAGUGAUAUCGUGGGAGCCAUUGUGAAACAGUUUUCAAAAACAGAUUGCAUAUUUAUUACAGGGAUACAUUAAAGAAAAAAAAGGAGGAAGAUUAGAUUAUUUAAUUGGGAUAAAUAUGGCUGGAACUUAAGGCUGUAUCGUUAGAACGAAUAUGCUUACUUAACUGGGCUUUGUUAUUGUUUGCAAAAUAUCUAUUUGCAAAUUAAGCCAGUUGAUAAUUUUAAUAAAACAAUAGUACAAGUAUAAUAUCAAUAUUACAGGGGACUAAAGAUAAUCGAUCAUUAUUUUUAAUUUUAAAAAGUAUUCAUAUAUUCCGUACGUUUUACUUAGGAUACAGGAGAGAGGUCGGACAAAUCUUCACUAUAUAUAACAGAUAUGGGAAAUUGUUUUUACGCAUCAUGGCAUAUUUCGAGAGAAAAUGUAAUUAGUAAAUUCUUAUAUAGGUUACGAAUAAUUCCCAAUUAGUCAAUUAUCUUUUCAUCAUUUAACAAUCUUUCCUUUUAUAACUGUCUCUCCCUCUCUCUCUCUCUCUCUCUCUCUCUCUCUUUCUACCUAUAUAUCUAUCUGUUUCUCUAUACUAGAUUUUAUUGGAUUUUACAAAUUCAUCAGGGAGAGAAUGGGAAAGUGUCUAUAUAAAUAUUAUUACACACAUGCAGAGGGUUUAGAGAUAUUAUACUAAGAAUUAGAUGCAAAGACGUGUAAGCUGGAAACGGAAAAUUAGAUAAUAAAAAAGCUGAUAAAAAAGAUAUAAAUUUUAAUAUAAUAUAAAUAAUGUAAAAAAAAAGUAUAUAUGUAGAAUAUACAUGUUAUUAUAUGUGUAUGCAUUCAUUUGGGUAUAUUUUAAAAAAGCAGUAACCUUGAAAUACUUAAUCACGGUGUGAAGAGUUUGCACAACAGAGUAAAUAAUAAUAUAUAUACAUUUUAUACCACUUGCAUAGCUCUUUCACACGCAAACAAAAUUGAACGUUAUCUUCAUCGAGAGUGUAUACUUUUCUCACGCAACAAUGUACAAAGUCAUUUCUGUAUUACGAUAAUGUAUGCGCGACAAGAAGCGAGACUCGUCGAAUUCGACAAGAAAUUUAGUAGAGUAUUUCUGUCAUACCCUCUUGCCAUGUUGAUAAGAGAAAGCAUAAUAUUACUACAUUAUAUAUAUACAUAUGCGUGCAUACAAUUUAUACACACAUAUGUAUAUGCAUAAGUACACACACACAAUUAUAUAUUUUUGUAGAUCUAGCAAAUUAGUGCUCGGAAUAUUUACUUUGAUCAGCGUUUCCUACUCUUUAUUUACUAUCGCUUCCCGAUACUUACGGGAACAUCGAUUUGUAGAAUGCGAAACUUUCAUACAAGAAGAGUGGGAAAACUGAUCGUUUAGUUUUAAAAUUGUCAAUCACUUGUACAUAAACGGAAAAAUUGUGUCUGAGAAACUAUGUACUGAUAUUCGCUUCGAAUAAUUUAAAAGAUGAAUUUAUAGCACGUACAGCAAGGAGGCCUUGAGUUUAGUUUCUUGCGACAUUACUGUGCUUUGCGACUUUCGUAUAACCUAUAUUUUUGUAUAUUUGAAUACAGAAUAGAUUUAUAUAAGACGCGAAAUUCAUUGUACGCCCGGACAUACAGUAGAUGUAUCAUCGAAUUUAUAAUUCGAGUAUACUAUAUAUACGACUCGAUUAGCUGUCGCGUUAUCCGUACGUUCUUUCAUGAAUGCGUACAUAUAUGCACAUGUACAUACACACGCGUAUGUGUGUGUAUAUGUAUGUGUGUGGAGAAAAUAUAGAUACAACAAUAAUGCGGUCAAUGGAAUAACGCAUAUCAAACAUUCACCAACUCGUCUUUGACUUUUACGAUCGUUUUUUAUUCGUAUAGAGACAUUCUCAUUUGGAGAAAGAUAAAAUGAAAAGGAAACUAUACGUCAAGGCCAUCCUCGCACACACGAUAAAGUAUACAUAUACCAAAGUAUAUUACCGUUUCUGGUUAUAAAAAAGAAAUAUCCUGGAAUUAACAAAGUUAACAUUCUAUUACAGUUUUAAAGUAAUAUAUUAGAAAUAUAGAUAUAAAAAUCCUAUAUGCAGAGAAUGAAUGAACUCUCUAUUUUUACUAACACACUGUGUCUCACUAUACAAUAUGUAAAGAUACUAAUGUAUUUCGAAUUUUUUUGUUUCGAAUCUAAUCGAUAAUGCCAUUUCUCGGUUUUAUUGUACAAAUUACAUACACACAUAUACACAAUAUAUAUGAAAAUAUAUAUUUAUAAUUUACCAAAAAUGAAACUUAGCCAGAGGCAUUAUAGAAUUAUCUAGAUUACGAAAUUAUAUUUAAAAAAGAAAAAAAAUUUUCGCUGCGCUAUUGUGCCUCAUCUAGUGACAAUGGUGUAACGCUCGUAUCGAUGGUAUGUGUUUUCAAUUCGUACUGCAAGCUAUAGAACCAUAUGCAGAUUGCUUUCGAAGGAAGGAUUAUGAAUGUUCGAUGGAUCUACACACGAUCUUGAUUCGAUAGCAAUUUACAAACGAUAUCAAUCAUUUACACGGUUGAUAUAAGCUACUUAUUUCGUAGGAAUUUCAGUUUAGUUACAACUUUUAACAUGGGCUAUCAUUCUUCUGUAGCGAUAUAUUCUCUUUUUUUACACAUAGUCCUAUUCUGCACAUCGAAUAAUAAUAUAUACAUCACCGUGCUAAACGUUUUACGAGAUUUAUAAGAAUCAUAAAGUAUAUACGAAAUGACAAACCAAUUGCUUUUCCAUUCCUUACGGAGAAAUCUGUGAUUUGUACUUAUUUACUACAUAUUUUCUUAAAUAUUGGGAUAUUUAUACUCUACAGAAUGGGACUAGUAGAAGACAAAAGUUAUGUAAAAUAUAUGCCUUCAUAAAAACGAAAAAGUAGUAUUUUUUUGUUACACUGUUAUAUAAGAUUAUGUAUCAAUUAAGUUCGGUCGACAUGUAUAUAUUGCGACAGUGGUUAAUCGUGACGUCUUAUAAUUAUUAUUAACUAUAUUGCAUGUUUUUUAAAGUAUACUACGAGAAUAUGAAAAAUUCGUUAAUUUUAUCAUCGGUGAACAAACGUAACGUCUUAUAUUCCUAUUGUCGCAAUCAUAAACUUCAUAGACUUUUUUGUACAUCUAAUUUUUCAAAUGUUUUACAAUAUUUGACACACACACACACACACACACACACACACACAUACACACGUCGAAUGUGCGAUAUAUAUAUUUUCAUGGUAUUCGUCUAUUUAUUAUUAUAUUAAUAUUUUGCGUUGGAGAAUCUAUGACACUGACGACGAAAAAACCUUUCUUCUUCAACAUUCUCCUCUUUAAUUUGUCGUAAAAGAUCGUAUCCUUUCUUAAUUCUUCAAAUUGCGUUGAAACAAAGCGCAAGUUCUUUUCUGUCAAAAACAUCUUAGUAUAUAGUGCUGUGUCUACCAUUUAUUCAAGAGGAGAGAGGGUGAAGGUUGACGGAAAAUUUAGUUUUAAAAUUAUCGAUUUACUUUUCUGCGAUAUUUGCGCAAAGAUGUACAGACCGAGCUUAGAAAAAUGCAACAUUUUUAAGCGGCUCAAUUAUAGCAUGUAAUUCCGCAUAUUUUAGAUACGCCAUUGUGUCGUGUGUAGACUCGUCGAUCGUAAAUGUCCGUGUUGUACUCAUCUGUAUUUACUGUGUAUAUCAUGCGCGUAUAUACAAUUAAAGUGAUUGAAUGGGGAAGGA